CCUGGAUCUGGCAUUCGGGCCAAGCCGCUUCUUGGGAGAACUUCUUCUUGGAACAUGCUGAUUGUGUGCACCCAGUGCAGGUGAAGCUGCCUCAUGGGACCGCCAAGGAGCUGGUUCCCCACGGCCAAAUUCGCCCACCGCCCACGGACACCGGUCUACGCAAGCGGCGCGUGGAGAAGGAUGAUUUUCUCAUCCGCUGCUGUGCACUGCCGGCCGUCUACUGGUCCGAGGCGUCCACCGCUGUCCGGGAGAUCUUCCAGUACGGACUGAACCAACGCUCCCGUAUGCGGUGCACCGCGCUGCUCAGCCAGACGUUCAACUAUCUGCAGUGGCGCAUGGACACUCCUUUGACGCCGCAGCAAAUGGAAACGAAAUAUUAUACAACGAGUUACUAAAGGAGGACGCUGAGUUGGGCCGCGCAUCCCCGACAUGGAAAUCGUUCCUCCGCCAGCGCGGGGCGGUUGGCACACCGCAGCGGAAGAUCUCCAGCGGUCAGCUGCGCAGUAUGUCGCUGCCGCCUGAACUGCUGGUGGAGGUCUUCCUUUCGCUGGACUCCAUCGGGCGUGUCCGUUGUCGGCGUGUCUGUCCGCUGUGGAACAGUCUCCUUACCACCGGCGCCUACUUCCCGGAUGUACGAGUCUUCCACAGCGAUGCGGAUUAUAACGGGCUGGACGAUUACGAACACACUCUGUACUGGAUGAUGGUCUGCUUGCUGAAGUGCCUGCACAGCACCACCAAAAUGGUGAUUGCCAUGAAAAUGCGCUGGUACGAAUUCGGCGAAUUGGAGAAUCUGAUGUACGGCAUUCUGCAAGCCACCGGCGCACCGUCGGUGGUGUUCUACAAGGGACACUUCGUUGUGGAUAAAUUCGAUUUUCUGGACGAUGUAGUCAGCUGUCUGGCUGAUCUGGUUGACCCUGGCGGCCGCGUUGUCUGGCGACAGUGCCUCAUCGGGGAUCGGUACAUAACCGCCAGUGUGGCACAUCAUUCAUCCGUCGGCCAUACGGACCACGCCGAGGUGGAAAAGGGGCUGUGGGAGGCCGUGGAGAAGAGUCUUACAGGAGAGCCGAUGAACGGGCAGGCGCUGGCCAAAUGGAUUGCUGACUGCACUGUGCAGAAGCGGAAGAAGCACAUCGAUGAAAUUGUUCAGGUCCUCAACCAUUACCAGCGGGCGGAUCCGCGCGAGUUGACUCGCCACCAGCACGGCAAUCGCGAGUGGAAGGAAUCCGAUGUGCCUUGUGUGGAUGUCGGUCAGCUGACAACACUGACGGCGGCGGCACUGAGCGCGCUGGCAUCGAGGGAAAUGACUGAAGGCUGA